AUGCAAGACACUGCCAUGAGCGAAUAUGCCUAUGAACCGAUCGACUUCAGUGGUCCGGCGAUUCGACUACUUCGCCUUUGCAGAGGAACUGGGAGCGAGAUAGCCUGCGAACUCUUUCAGGCAAGCCUUUGUGAGCGAGAUGAUUCGAUAUCCUACGAGGCCCUGUCUUACACCUGGGGCCUCCCCGACGUUCGAGACAACAUUGUCGUAAAUGGCAAACCACUGAGCGUCACGGUAAAUUUAUAUCUUGCGCUUCAGCAGCUUCGCCAACGAGACGAAGACCGCAUACUGUGGAUAGAUGCAGUUUGCAUUAAUCAGAAGGAUUUGAAGGAGCGGAGUCAUCAGGUUCAGAUGAUGGGAGAGAUCUAUAAGCAGGCCGACCGCGUCGUAUUUUGGCUCGGAUCCGGCACGGACGAGACCAAUGUCUUUAUGAAGUCGAUGGAGCUUUUGCAAAGACAGAGCAUCCGCCAACAAUGCAGAUCCUGGACUCGACAAGACGACCGGUGGAAGACGCUCUGGGGCGAGAUACAGCUGGAGCUCAGCUUUUCUUAUGAAAAGUCAACGCUGGAAGAUAUACAACGUCAGGGGCUGAAGAUUCUCUUGGACCGGCCAUGGUUUCGAAGAGUUUGGAUACUACAAGAAGUGGCAAAUGCCAAAGCUGCAUUGCUAUGUUGCGGUACACGAUCAGUCUCUACCCGUGUCUUCGCCAUCGCCCCGUUGAUGUUGGACGUUUCUCCCAGUGCGCACUGCCAGGCAGUUUUAGACAUCAUGCCGGGGAUAUGGAGGGAAACUACUUGGUGGAACAAAAGCAACAGUCUGUAUACUCUGCUAAAAAUGUUUGGCACAAGCGAGGCUACGGAGUCGCGGGAUCUUAUAUAUGCAUUAAGAGGGAUUUCUUCGGAUGCAAGACAUUCGAAAGCUUUGUUACCGGAUUACGAAAAAUCUGAGGAACAGCUCACUCGAGAUGUCAUUCGUUUCAUCUAUUACUGCGACUUGGACGACUUUCGGAGCUUUGAACGGCAAUACAUACCUUCGGAUGUACGAGCUCUUGCAGCAAAUCUAGACUCGCUAAACUCUAAGAGUUGUUCAGCACUCGCAAAGAGCUCCAAGGCUAACAAUUUGAGCUUAUUUUUGAGACGGCCAGGAUUUAACGUGGAUAUGAGCGUGAUCACCGCACUAGUUUCUCACGAUUCAAGUGGAAAAGCAACGGAAUUGCUGUACCAAUAUCGAGCAAGCGAGUUUGAAGCAAGUCCCGAAAUGGUCUUGGAAGCAGUAAGGAAUGAAUGUGCUGCCAAGCAAGUCGUUGAAGUCAUUUUUCGCAAUCAAAGCAACCAACUCGCCAUGACAGAGAGGAUUCUACUAGCUGCAGCAGGAAAUGAAGGCUGCGGACAUACAGUGCUGGAGUUCCUUUUGCCGUUCGCCACAGAUAUCAACGUCCCCAAAUUAUCCGAAGUCGCAGCGAGAAAUAACGGCUGUGGAGAUGAAGUGUUGAGAUUACUAUUACCUUAUAUGAAGGAUAUGGACAUCUCGAAAAUAGCUGACGCGGCGGCCUGGAACAAGGGCUGCGGCGAUAAGGUUAUUGAACUGCUUCUGCCAUUUGUGAAAGGCGGAGAUAUCACUAAGCUAGCUGAAACUGCAGCUGGUAUGGAUGAAAAAGCUGAGAAGUUGACACGUCUGCUAUUCAACCGGUUUGGGAAAGACAUCAAUGUCACGCCAAAACUUUUGGAAAAUGCUGCGAGGAAUGAGCACUUCGAAGAACGCUUGAUGGUAUUUCUUUUCACGAAAAGACCGAGCGACUUGGAGCUUUCAUCUGAAAUGAUACGUGCUGUCAUUUAUAACAAGGCCAAUGGAAAUAAAUUACUGCAAUUAGUUCUAAAUUACCGACGACCUGACGUUAACGUCAUGGAACAGGUAGCCAAACACGCAGAUCAAAGGACCGCACCAUUGGGUAAAGAAGCCUUUCAAAUGUAUCUCGACCAUCAAGCUGUUCAAAGCCCUACAAUUACAACCGAAGAAUUCUCAAUAUUCGUCAGAUGGGGUAGCACAACAGUCGUGAAACGGCUUCUUCAAUCCAGGAGAUCCAAGGUAACCAUAACCAGCGAGGUAGUUAGGGCGAUGGCUCAGAACAAAUCAAGUGGAGAAUUCAUCCUUCAACAACUUUUACAAGAACGGGAACUCGGCGUGAAAAUAGAACACAAUGCGGCAAUUGAGCUUGUUAGGGAGCUUGGUAGACCUGCCUUGGAUUGGCUGUUGCUUUGUGGACGGGAGAGGUACACAGAUAAGAUGCUCAUCCUAGAUGAAGCAUUGGACCAAUUCAUGCCAGAAGCAGAGCGCCAAAUCCGAAAUCCACUUCCCUUCGCCGCUGAAAGAGGCUACAAAGGAGCAGUAGAACUUUUGAUCGAGCGUGGUAUACGUAUAGAUCAAACCUCUGACGUUGAUGGCACAGGCCCAACUGCAUUAGUCCUCGCCAUAACCUCUGGCCACGAGAAGAUAGCAUCUUUACUUAUCGAACAUGGCGCUAAUGUUGAGGCGGUGGAUGGAAAUGGGCGCACUCCUCUCCUUCUGGCUGCAAAAAGUGAUGAAUCAUUGAGACUAUCCCAAUUGCUCUUGUAUGAAGGAGCCAACAUCGAUGCAACGGAUAACAAUGGAAGAACACCUCUCAUGGCCGCUUCCCGAAGCGGAUGUUGGGCAGUAGCGACUAUGCUCAUCGACCGAGGAGCCCGAAUCGACUUGAAAGAUAAAAAUGGAAGGACGGCUCUGAUGGAUGCCGCACUCGGAGGCCACUAUGAUGUUGUACAACGGCUUCUCAAGGAGGGCGCCGAUGAAGAUAUGGUGGAUCAGCAUGGCGAAACUGCGUUGGCUAUGGCAACUAGACAAGGACAUGCUGAUGUGAUUAAGGAAUUUGAGAAUCGCAGGAAGAAGUACAGACAGUUUGGUGGUCUCGAUAGCUUGGGGACACAACCCCAUUUGAAGAAACUGGGCGACAUCUUAAAAUCUAUGCCCAAUACUUCGUUAAACAGAGAAGAUUUUUAA